AUGCCCCUGUUGGAGAAUCGUCUUCUGCACGCGCGGAGUUACCUGGAAGGAACGAUAUUGGACAGAAACCUUCCCCACCCUCUGCGCGGACUGUGCGAUUGCGCGAGGUUACCGGAGUGUUGGGGAACGAUACAUCUCCCUCGCGAGGUCAAAGUUGAUAAUGAUCGUGUGGAGAUUAGCCAGUCAUUCCGCGCUCGCCGAGGUGAGGUGGUCGAGGUGGAGGAGUCGUAUGUGGCGGAGUGCAGCGUCGAUCCGCUCUAUCCGUUAUACUACUAUGAAGUCCGUGUUUCCAUCGACUUGGAGACCCUCCAGCGCCUGGUAAGGCCGAGGCUAUGCAACAUGAUAAUCACUAUCGGAUUCGUAAUCAGUCCGCCUGGGUUUCUGUCUGGGUCGUCUACUUCGACGAGCUCCGCGGCUAUCGAGGAUAGUCAGCCAAGAACCGCAGAUACACUCACCACUUCUGGAGUUGGCUCCUUAAUGCACCAUGGCUACGGCAAAAAGUUUUUGAUCGUCUUAGAUAGACUAAUUCUCCUGGCUGCAGACGCUACCUACGCCAUCGCUUCAGGUGAGCUUAUUAUAGCGAAAUACCCCGUAUUCUCAGCUGACUCCGUGAGAUAUGAAGGCAGGGUUACACUAGGAUGCGCUGUCUCACGCAUCGAUGGUCAUAUAUUCUACACCAGGGACGGUGUUAUCCUUGAUGAUUCGCGUCAAUACUUUAGUGAGCUUAAGGGAAAGGCACUGUGCCCUGUUGUACGCGUGCAACAGAAGAGUUCAGAGACGACCCACCUGCGAAUCACCGCCAACUUUGGACAGUAUCGCUUCACCUACGAUAUAAGCUCUUGGACGGGGGCCCACUCCACCACAUGGCGGAGGAAAUUUUUGGAAGACGCUAGGUCGUUGCCCAGAGAGAUCAUUAUCAUUAUAGCUGCCUUUGCUGCGGAUGCUGCAAGAGAGUGA